UGGGAGAUCCAGAAUUUAUACAAGGCAAAUGAACCCACCAUGAUCAGGUUCAUCCUCGUGCAGAACCGUCAAGGGAAGACACGAUUGUCGAAGUGGUAUGUCCCGUACGACGACGACGAGAAGGUGAGACUCCGAGGUGAAGUGCACAGACUAGUAGCUCCGCGCGACCAGAAACACCAGUCGAACUUUGUUGAGUUCAAGAAUUACAAGAUCGUGUACAGGCGUUAUGCCGGUCUCUUCUUUUGCGUAUGUGUCGACGCUAAUGACAAUGAGCUGGCAUAUCUAGAGGCUAUCCACCUCUUUGUCGAGAUCCUUGACUCAUUCUUCGACAAUGUGUGCGAGCUGGAUCUUGUCUUCAAUUUCUACAAAGUGUAUGCCAUUUUAGACGAGAUAUUUUUGGCGGGAGAGAUUGAGGAAACUAGCAAGGAUGUGGUGUUAUCGAGGUUAGAGGAGCUUGAGAAACUUGAAUGAUGGGUCUUAUGUCGUACUUUGUGAGUUCGCCAAACGAUGUGCACCUGCGAUUGAUUCCCAUGUGACAUAGCUCUUUCUAGCAUCUUAUCAUAACCGGGACUUUAUAGUAGCCAGGAUAUUUUUGCCUUGUGACUUACCUUGCUCCACAUGAAUGGAUUUACUACUUCUAACGCUUUGGUGCGCUCCAUUUUACAGCCACUGGCAUCAAGCCUUCGCACGGUGCAUCGAAGGCUUGCCGAGUGAUUCCAAUCUACAUUUUCACCCAUG